AUGUGUGCGAACAUUCGCAGCUGCGUCACUGGUCCCCUGCGACAAAGUAAACAUAAUCAAACCCUACCGACUGAAGAGGAAAAGGUGUUGCGAUCGCUGAGGACAGAUGAAAAAAUAAUUAUGUCUGCUGACAAAGGAGGAGCAACCGUUAUAAUGGACAAGGCUGACUACGUCAACAAGGCAAGCCAAAUCUUCGAUGACAGGGAAGCCUAUGCGCCACUCGCUGUAGACCCAACGAAGAAACAAGCCGCGGCUAUCAAGAAGAAAGUGAAUGAGCUUGCCCAAUUGAAGCUCAUAAGCUCCGAUGACAGCAGAUCUAUGGCCCUCAAUGACCCCCGUAUCGCACCUGCGUACGGUCUUCCGAAGGUGCACAAGACAGAUGCGCCGAUGAGGAGCAUAGUGCCACUUAUUGGAUUCCCUAUUUACAACCUUGCCAAGUGGUUAUACAGACGUUUAAAGCACCUUACAAAUGGAUCGCAAUACAGCAUCAAAAAUCCUCAGGCUUUCCUACAGAAGCUCCAAGGCCUUGAAAUAAGUCCUGACGAAUGUAUCAUAUCGUUUGAUGUUGUUGCCUUGUUUUCUUCAAUAUCGCAUGACUUGGCGAUUGAGGGUGUAGCACUAUGCCGAGAGGAAAAUCCUAUUGGCAUCCCAACCCUGCGUGGUCUAAACAUGCUUAAGCUUUGCCUCAAUAACUAUCGUCAGUUCGAUGACAAGUAG